AUGACUGUAAUUUCGCGUAUAUUCACAGGCGCUGUUAUCAGGAAUUCUAUAAAUAAAGAAAUAACAACCUUAAAAUAUUCAGAUUUUAUCUACUUUAUUUUAGCUGAAGUGGACAAAAAUCAUCCAACGAGUAUCGAAUACUGGUUCCGAGUUAUGGAUUUAGAUGGUGACGGUCGGUUAUCAAUGGAUGAACUUCAAUAUUUUUAUAAUGGAAUUUUGGAGAAAUUAAUUAAGGCUCAAGUGGAAGUAAUGUCUUUUUGCGACGUUAUAUGCUUACUUAUAGACAUUAUAAAACCGCAAAGUGAAAUAUACAUAACUCUCGGGGACAUAAAAAAGUCAUCAAUGUCAACUUAUUUCUUCAAUACUUUCAUAAACUGGGUGAAAUAUUAUAUACAAGAAUGUAAUGAUAGCAAUCAGAAGGUUUUUUCAUAUUCAAAAAACAACUAA